GCACCAGUUUCAUACGCCGUUAAAGCCUUUACUAUAAAAUCUUUCAAAAUUUCUCUACAAAUUCCAUUUUUUUUGGGUAUUUUUUAUUCAUAAAAAUAAAGAAAAAAAUGCCUCGUACAAUAGCUGUGGAGAGCUCUGGUUGUCCUCCUCUUAGAGCUUUAACCUUUGAUAUUCUUGGACUAAUUAAAGUUAUUGAAGCUAAGGGUGAACAGAAGGAAGCUCCGAAGGUGGUGGAGAGAUGGGGGGAGCCUGAUGCUUCAAGGUGUGUGCUUGCCACGUCACUUGUUGACCGUGAAUUUGACCCGCUACUAGGUGUCGCGAGGAAAAACGGCAAGAUUGAGGUUCUUAGUCCUGUCAAUGGAGAUAUUCAUGCAUCCAUUUCGAUUGAAAGUCAAAAUCAUACAGGAUCGGAACAUAAUUCUGUUGUUGGUUUACAUUUAUUCAGAAGAGAGAGAUUGGGCUCUUCAUCAAGGUCAUACAACCUGCUUACAUGCACAAACGAAGGACAAGCAAGCCUGAAAUAUGUUAAAAUGUCCAAAUCACUUGAAGAUUCUGGUGGUGAAGGUGCUCAAACAACAUGGAAUGUUUGUGGUUCGGGCAGUAUUUGGUUCUCUAAGGUAGAUGCAGAUGAAAACCAUGCAUUGUUUGGUGGGAAGGGCAUUGAGGUUAAUGUCUUUGACCUGAACCAGUGUGAUAAAGAGUCUGUGAAACCUUUUUGGUCUGCGAAAUCUCCAGGGAAAAACAGCCUCGGCAUAUUCACCCCAACUUGGUUUACAUGUGCGACUUUCUUAUGCAAAGAUGACCACCGAAAAUUUGUUGCAGGCACUAAUAGUCACCAGGUGCGUCUUUAUGACAUUUCUGCUCAGAGAAGGCCUGUUGUUUCAUUUGAUUUUCGCGAGACCCCUAUUAAAGCUGUGGCUGAGGAUGUAGACGGACAUACGAUAUACGUAGGAAAUGGGUCUGGCGACCUUGCUUCUUUUGAUAUACGCACUGGGAAACUUUUGGGAUCCUUCUUGGGGAAAUGUUCUGGAAGUAUACGAUCCAUAGUUAGGCAUCCAGAGCUUCCAGUUAUAGCCUCAUGUGGAUUGGACAGCUAUUUACGCAUUUGGGAUGUCAAAUCACGACAACUUCUGUCUGCG